UCCUCUCUCUCUAAACACCAAACCAAAACCCCUUUUUUUGGUUUUAUCUAUCUUUUCCUUGUAACGCCUCUCUCACUCACUCACACACACAGGAUUGUAGGGUUUUAAUCUUUUUAUUCUCUCUCUCGCUCUCUCUAUCUCUAUCUAUCUUUCUCUUUCGACCUCCAAACAAACAAUUGGAAGAAACAGAAAGAAGAUAAAGUCACGAUUUCCAUCUUUUCGCUCUCUUAAUUUCUAAAACCCUAGAAGAUGAAAACACUCGAUUGAGCUGAAAAGCCGCCUUAUUUGCAGCAGAGAGCUGGGAAUCUGUGGAGGAAUGGCUCAAUUUUGGCACUGGAAGUUAUCGAAGCAGUUGAGACAACUUCACUGAAGUAGUUGGGAGAGGAAAGGGGUAACAAAGUCAUGGAAGGAGACGAGCGUGAAUUAAUAUUGGCAUGUGUAAUUUCCGGGACCCUUUUCUCUCUCUUGGGUUCAGCUUCUUUUUCUCUACUCUGGGCAGUAAAUUGGCGGCCGUGGCGGAUUUAUAGUUGGAUCUUUGCUCGAAAAUGGCCAAAUUUCUUACAAGGACCUCAUUUGGGAAUACUAUGUGGUUUCUUGUCUCUGUUUGCAUGGAUGAUUGUUAUUUCUCCAAUUGUGAUACUCAUUGUUUGGGGAAGCUGGUUAAUUUUAAUACUUGGACGAGAUAUAAUUGGUCUGGCUGUGAUAAUGGCUGGAACUGCUCUUCUUUUGGCAUUCUAUUCUAUUAUGCUAUGGUGGAGGACACAAUGGCAAAGCUCAAGGGCUGUUGCUGUUCUUCUUCUUUUGGCUGUUGCCAUGCUAUGUGCAUACGAACUCUGUGCGGUGUAUGUUACAGCAGGUUCAAGUGCAUCUGAGCGAUAUUCACCUUCCGGUUUCUUUUUUGGUGUAUCAGCAAUUGCCCUAGCGAUAAACAUGCUUUUUAUUUGCAGAAUGGUCUUUAAUGGAAAUGGUUUAGAUGUAGAUGAAUAUGUGCGAAAGGCAUACAAAUUUGCAUAUUCUGAUUGUAUUGAAGUGGGUCCUUUGUCUUGCUUGCCUGAACCGCCUGAUCCCAACGAGUUAUACCCUCGACAAUCUAGAAGGGCUUCGCAUCUUGGGCUUCUCUACCUUGGAUCGCUUGCUGUGCUUCUUGUUUAUUCCAUCUUAUAUGGUCUGACUGCAAAGGAAGAGCAUUGGCUGGGGGCAAUUACAUCUGCUGCUGUUAUAAUUCUUGAUUGGAACAUGGGGGCAUGCUUAUAUGGAUUUCAGCUUCUUCAGAGUCGCGUUGCAGCACUUUUUGUUGCUGGCACAUCACGAGUCUUUCUGAUUUGCUUUGGAGUUCAUUAUUGGUACAUUGGACACUGUGUUAGUUAUGCAGUUGUAGCGUCUGUGCUUUUAGGGGCUGCUGUUUCCCGUCAUUUAUCAGUCACAAACCCUUUAGCUGCAAGGAGAGAUGCCUUGAAGAGUACAGUGAUUCGCCUGAGGGAGGGGUUCCGUAGGAAAGAACAGAACGGUUCGUCUAGCUCUUCUGAAGGUUGUGGUUCAAGUGUGAAACGCAGCAGUAGUGCUGAGGUUGGUCACCUCAGUAAUGAUGCAGCACAUUGCACAGGUGAUGUGAACAGCUGGAAUAAUGUGGAGGGGAUUAAUAGUGAUAAAAGCAUAGAUAGUGGCAGGCCGAGUUUGGUAUUACAUAGUAGUUCCUCUCGGUCAGUUGUUCAAGAGACUGAAACAGGAACAUCCUAUGUUGAUAAGAAUUUUGAACACAACCGUUCUCUUGUGGUUUGUUCUAGUAGUGGUCUUGAGAGUCAAGGCUGUGAAUCGAGUGAAUCAACUUCAGCAAAUCAACAAGUGCUAGAUUUAAAUUUAGCUCUUGUAUUCCAAGAAAAGUUGAAUGAUCCGAGGCUUACAUCUAUGUUAAAAAAGAGAGCAAGACAAGGGGAUCAAGAACUGGCUAGCUUGUUGCAGGAUAAAGGACUAGAUCCUAAUUUUGCUAUGAUGUUGAGGGAGAAGGGAUUGGAUCCAACUAUCCUGGCACUGCUGCAGAGAAGUAGUUUGGAUGCAGAUAGAGAUCAUCGUGACAAUACUGAUAUAACUAUCAUUGACUCAAAUAGUGUUGAUAAUGCUUUGCCCAAUCAAAUUUCUUUGUCUGAGGAACUUAGGCUUCACGGGCUUGAAAAAUGGCUUCAGUUUUCCAGACUGGUUUUGCACCACAUAGCAGGCACUCCAGAGCGAGCAUGGGUUCUCUUCAGUUUCAUGUUCAUCAUCGAAACAGUCAUUGUGGCCAUUUUCCCCCCAAAGACCGUUGAACUUAUAAAUGCUGUACACCAGCAGUUUGAAUUUGGCUUUGCAGUGUUGCUUCUAUCUCCUGUUGUCUGUUCUAUCAUGGCUUUCCUUCGGUCGCUUCAAGCUGAAGAAAUGGUUAUGACUUCAAAACCGCGCAAGUAUGGUUUUGUUGCUUGGCUGCUGAGCACUUGUGUCAGUCUGCUGCUUUCAUUCUUGAGCAAGU